CUUCCGGUCUACAUUUUGUAAACACACAAGAAUCAGGACGGCAAAACAAGUUGGUGUGGCAGUUUGAAUGUGUCACUAGCUUUGUAUUCAUGUGUGUCUUAUUCACAUUAACAUUGCGGAAAGUGUAGUCGGUCGACGCCGUGGUUGUUGUCUUCCUCCGCGGAAGAAAGACGACGCCAGCUAGCAGGAGUACAGUUAGUGGUGUCCUUCUUCAUGCUGCCUCCACUUCAAUGGGGAACUGUCUGUUUGCACCAGGAGAAGACGACCUGUCGCCGCUCAACGAGUCUGAGGGUGGAAGCUUGCCCGGGGAGCCGCCGCCACCCUACCAGGCGCACCCUCAGCCUGUGCCGGUGUACCAUCCCACCCCAGGAGAGAGCCGUCCCGCCAGUCAGCUGACCGAGGAAGAGCAGAUCCGCAUCGCCCAGCGUAUCGGCCUCAUCCACCACCUGCCCAGGGGCAUCUUUGACCCGGGCUCUGACCCUUCCGACCGCAAAGUGAAAGAGUGUGUGAUCUGCAUGAUGGACUUCGAGUACGGGGACCCCAUCCGGUUCUUGCCCUGCCUCCACAUCUACCACACAGACUGCAUCGACGCCUGGCUCAUGCGCUCCUUCACCUGCCCCUCCUGCAUGGAGCCCGUGGACGCCGCGCUGCUCGCCACCUACGAAGCCAACUGAGGCGACGGCUCCAAGUACCUGCACCUUUUUCUUAGUCCAAAACUGUCCCAGCUGCUCCAGAAAGGUAGACAGGGUCAUGUGACGUGUGACGCGUGUUCUGUAGGAAGCAUCAAAUAAGUCUACUUUAUAGUCGCCGCUUGGUCGGGGGCGGGGGACGCUUUGCCUUACUUAGAACAGUCAUGUGCCAAAUCAUGCAAAGUAGCAGCAGAAUAAUUUCCCAUUUAUGAAACUGACACUGUUAGAGCUUCUUUACUUUCAUGUCAUGUGCAAUAUGUCAUAGACACAGUAAGCUAUAGUAUCCAAAGUGUGGCCCUUUUAUUGGCCUUAGGCACAAUAAUAAAUAUGUAUUACUUACAUAUUGUCAGCUAUAACACAAAACUAAGAUGUCAGUGUUUUGUUCAGAUACUUCACUUCAAAAGGGUUAUUCAACCUUUAAAUGACUAAUUCAUUGAUUAAAAGUCUCCCAAUAUUAAUAUCCUAUACAUAAAGAGCACAAUAAAAUAACAUGUCAUUAUUUUACCGUCAGCCAAGCCUUAACUUAAAGAUCCUACUAGGUUUUUAAAAGUGACAAAACUGUAAAAAUGGUGUAAUAAUUCUAAUAAUGACAAGUUAUAAAAACAUGAAUAUUUAAUUGUAUUAUUUAUCAUAAUAGUAAUCAUUAUAAAAAAUCUAAGUGUACCAAGUAUAGAAUAAAUAGAUUUAUUAGAUUUCUUUCAGAAAAAGAAAAUAAUAAUGCUACAAAAACAUUAGUAUUAGUUUUUUUUUAAUGUUUAUUAUAUUAAGGGGAAUACAUGGGUCACAUUAAACUACACAAUUGGCUUCUUCUUGUUUUAAAUGAGUAUUAGGGCCACAUGGAAAUGUAAAAUUAUAGUCUUACAUUUUUUUGGACUAUAAUGUCAAGAGUAUUAUAUUUCUUUUCAAGAAAAAAAUGCUAAUAUAUCCAAUAAAAAGUCAGUUUGUAUUCAUGCAAAAAUAUGUCUUUCACAAUAUUCAGAUUUGUUAUUGCAAGAUCAAAAGUUUUAUUUUUGCAAUUUUUUUAAACGUGUUCUACUAUUUUCAUGAUGUUUUGAGGUUUUUUUUUGUGGUAAUUAAUAUUGCUACUCUUUUGCUGGUCAUUUUCUGAUUUCAAAUGAUCAACUAUAAAAUUAUGAUUUCUUCCUGUCUUUAUUUAAUGAUAAUGUUGUCUCAAUAUAAAGAACAUUUUCAUCGCAAAAUGACACUUUCAUUCUCCUAUUGUUAUGAUGUUACAACAUCUUGUUAAGAAAGGAAUUGUAAUAUUAUCAUUUAACUUUUUAAAACAAUUUCAUGGUCAUAGUAUUUCUGCUGAAUUCUUGAGGUAUAAUUAUUUCAUUUCAAUGUGGCUCUAAUAUUCCUUUCCUAAAGAAUAAAACAUUUCAAAGUUAAUCUUUUGAGUCUUUGUCGUUAGUUUUCACAAUAUAACUCUGAGGUGUUUGUUAGUUGACAUUUGUGUUUUUCAUCAAUGUUUGACAGUUUUUGUUGACUUGUCAAGCUGCGAAGUGAUAACUUUUCCACUUCUUCGUCUGCUUUUUGCCAGCAGCAGAGUUGAAUGUUUUGUAUUCUUCUGUGCCUUUGAAGGAAGAUUCUUAUGACGUACAAUCAUGUCGACCGUGUACUUCCCAGUAGUUGUCCACUAGGGGGAGCCAUACACCAGCACUCUCGUUUGUGUCACAGUAAAAUAGGUCCGACUCUUUUGUUUGUGUGAGGUGGGGUUGCUCGCCCACCCGUCGCUGCUGCUGCUGCGACCAAUAGUCAUUUUAUGUCUUCAUUUAAAUGUACAAAUAAUGUUUUGGAAGGUUUAUUUAAUCCUAAUAAAGCUGAUAAUGAGUUCCCACUA